AUUUCAACCACCGCCGUCACAUUUGUCUUCCUUCAUCAUGCAGUCGAAGACCCCAAAGACAUCUAGUAGGCAGCGUGCUCGCUCAGAUGUGAAAACCCCUUUGACGCCUUCCGUCGUAUCUGGUCUCAAUGCCGUUUCGUUGGCUUCAUCGCCGUCGAAAAGACGAGCGAAGGCACGGUCAGUGACGGGACCUUUCGACGUGUCGAAUCCUUUCGUCGUGCCACCGACCUCAUCAUUGUCUCGUUCACGCGCAUCCUCGCCCGUCAAAUCUUUUGCAUCCUCUGGGGCAUAUCCUAUCAACGCCGAGUUGCAACGACAAGCGAAUUCAGGUCUCAUCAGAAAAGGUGGGAUCGAGAGCAAGCUAGAUGUUGUGAAGAUCGAUUACAUUCCAUCUUCGAAGUCGGAGCUGAAGCGGUCUAGGUCGACACCAAAUCGGAUCGGUGACCAGCAAGAUCGCUUCAUCACCACUACGCGGGAAAAUUCAGGGUUCGAUAUCGCUGUUAGUAUGGAUAAAAUGAAUCUCAACUCACACAACUCAUCGCCUGGACAUACUGCACGUCUUGCGGAAGCCACUGGAAUGCCACUCAACCGUCGCAUCCUGGGAUAUCGUGAACCACCUCCCGCUGCUUCAUCCGACAAAACACUUGCUCUUCAACGCGAAUAUGCAAAACCUUUGUACGCUAGCUCGCGUCCUGGCUCUUUGGCAUCGUCAACGGGAGCAGUCAAAAGCAAAUCACGUAAACUCCCUUCUCAGCCAGAACGGGUGCUGGAUGCGGUCAAUCUUCUGGAUGACUUUUAUCUCAAUCUCGUGAGCUGGUCGUGUCAGAAUACUGUUGCUGUCGCUCUUGGCGCGGCUACGUACAUCUGGAACGGAGAGACCGGCAGCGUCAUUCUCAUUUCUGAAGCAGUCGGUGGCUUGUACCCUUCGAGUGUGGAGAUGUCGAAUGAUGGUGCAUUCCUUGGUGUUGGGCUGUGCAAUGGGGAUGUGGAGCUCUAUGAUGCCGAGACUGCCCAGAAGCUGCGUACGAUGGGUGGACAUCAGGGCCAGGUUGCUACUAUGUCCUGGAACGAGCACAUCCUAAGUUCGGGAUGUGCAGAUGGUAGCAUCUGGCACCAUGACGUACGAGUUCCUCGUCAUAAAGUGAUGGAGCUACUAGGCCACACUGGUGAGGUAUGCGGUUUGACAUGGAGGAGUGAUGGAGAGUUGCUGGCGAGCGGCGGUAACGAUAACGUGGUCAACAUAUGGGAUGGAAGACUUGGUGAUGUUGGAGACGGUGCACAAGGAAAGGCCAAGUGGGUCAAGCGAAAUCACACAGCUGCCGUGAAGGCUCUAGCAUGGUGCCCAUGGCAGCCAUCUUUGCUUGCCUCUGGUGGAGGUACGAAUGAUGCUUCGAUUAAUGUGUGGAACGUGAACACUGGGGCACGAGUUCACACCACAAAGACACCUGCUCAAAUUAGUACUAUUCAUUGGGCACCGCACAAAAAAGAGAUCCUGACCACUCAUGGCUAUCCAACCAAUGCGAUUAUGCUCCAUGCAUACCCCAGCAUGGAACGUGUUGCAGAAAUCCGGGAUUCGCAUGAAUCGCGAGUUUUGUUCAGUUGUGUUGGUCCUGCUGGAGAUCUGGUGCUUACUGGUGGUGGUGAUGAAUCUUUGAAGUUUUGGAGGAUUUGGGAAGUUCCCAGUGCGUCAGGAAAGAAGAAGGGGAUGGAGUAUGACGAUAGGCGGCAUCUCAAUUCGACCAGGUCGGAUGUGCUGUCGAUUCGCUGAGCUUAUACCUGUACCUAGGAGCUUGCUUCAGGGUCGUGGGUUCUGUAUUUAACAUCGCGCAAACGUCGAUAAAAUAGUUCAUUGCGACAAUUUGAC